GCCUCCCUGCCUUCCGACGGCCAUACCUUUCGGAUAACACACACGACAGCCACCGAGAGCGAGGAAAGCGCAUCGCUUGUUGGAAGCAAUGGCCGCGGUGGCGGCUCUUCUCUCGCCUCCUUCCUCCCUCACCAAUUCGUACUCGCCUAUUCCCCCGCGUUUCCUCAUCGCUCGAGAUGGAAGUCGCAGUGGUCCGAGGAGGAAACGUCGAAAUGGGAGGGCAAGCGCUCCUGUCGUCUGUUGUCAUUGCACUACGCCGACUUCGAUGAACAGCUUUCGCAGGAGGAAUUUAUUGCUCUCGGGCCUCUCGUCUUCCUUUGCUCUCAUUCUUCCGAUUUCUGAUUUGCGUGCCUCUGUCGAAUUAGAUGAAGAUGUGAAGAUGGAUUUACUGGUUGAUGACAUAAAUGCGUAUUCUUUCCUUUACCCUGUCAAAUUGCCAGCUAAGAAGUUUGCUUUCAAAUGGGUAGAAUCCAGAAAGCCAGAACGAUACUCGUCUGCUGCACCACUAUCACCUGAUGCACGGCAACGCAUUGUGUCUGAGCGUGUCGACAUGAUCAAUAACCUGGUCAUCUCUGUCUCGAUUGGCCCUCCCAAUCCACGCUUCCUAACUUCAAAUGACAAGAGUGCCUGGAAGGCAAAAGAUGUUGCUGAUUCUGUUUUAUCUGACAAGACUGCACUGCGUGUAACAAGUGGUCAGCGCAUGGCUGAGAGUUCUGUUCUUGAUUCACAUUCCCUUGAUGUUGGUGGUGAACCGUACUGGUAUUAUGAGUAUCUUAUACGUAAAUCACCGACAAAAUCUGCACAAGAACCAAAUCUUUUUAGGCACAACGUGGCUUCAACUGCUGAGCGAGAUGGCUAUUUGUACUCUUUGAAUGCAUCAACUCUUAGCAAGCAGUGGGAAUAUUUGGGUCCUUUUCUACAAAAAACUGUGGCAUCUUUUCGCCUUCUUCCUCCUACAGAGAAUUAUGUUCCUCCAUACAAGGAUCCUUGGAGAUUUUGGUAAAUGUAGAAUUUGAGCGGUUGACGAAAAUUGGUCUUUACGAAGAAGGAGAAAUAUCAUCCUCUGUUCCGCCAACUAUUUGGUCAUCAUGCUUUAUUUUAGAAGUAACAAGUUAACUCAUUGGCAGACUACUGGACUUAUUCGUUUCGGCGAUGUCAACCAUGACAAGAGUGCAAGAAGAAUCAUGGAUGAUAUGGAGCAGUGAAAGGUUCCAGAUUUUCUUUUCUUUUCUUUUAUCGAGUCUGUUGCAUAAUUCGAGAUAUUUAUUUGCUUCAAUCAAUUUCUGGAGCUUCUAUUGUUGAAGCUUAUUGUUCCUCAACAGUCUUGCAUGAUAUCUUUUAUGAUGAGGUCCUCUUCAUUUUCAA